AUGGAAAGUGAGCGGUCUGCCGAUCCAGACCGGGCCAUGCUUCUACCCCAUUGCGAGGAGGAUGACUUGAGCUUCUGGUGCCGACAGCUUUUCAAUGAUGACCAUCCUCAGUCCGUCCUCCCAGACGACUUCUCCUUUGGUUCCUUACCUGACGACCUGUUGUCUUUCGAUUCAUCAUGGCCUACCAUUGGCGAGUACACUGAUCUUACAUGUCAUGGCAACCUUCCUCCCCCGGAUGCUCUCGUCUCUGAAGCCUCCCAACAUCACCAACCUCCUACGACCUCUUCUGUCGCACUAUGUCGCUCCCACGACAACGGCUCAUCGCCCAAGAUCGGUACUCGUUUCUCCAAGGAGGCACUCAAGAUUCUCAAAGACUGGCUGUCCUCUCACAGCGACCAUCCCUACCUCGACGAGGAAGACCGGGAGAUGCUACAGCGUCAGACAGGACUUAACAAAACACAGAUUUCUAACUGGCUUACCAAUGCCCGCCGUCGGCGCAAGGUCCAACGACCGAGGUCUACCUCUCCUUAUGUGCGCAAUACCUGGACCGGCCCUAUCGACAUUCCACGACGUCAGGAUACAUCUGCCUUUCAGAACAAUACAGGCAGCCUGAACCCCCUGGAGCGCUGGGUCGAUUCACCUCCCGAGAGUGAGCCCGCUUCUGUCACCGCGAUCGCUCGUGCCGUGGCCUCGAACUCACACAUUUCCUCGGGGCAAAACACUCCGCGCUCCUUUGCUUCCACCGAUGAUGGAUCGAACCCGUCAGUUCAUAAUGUCUCUUCUGCCAGUAGUGCUGGUACGUCGAGCGGUGCCUCUUUCGGUUCCAUGACAAGGCAGCGCGGCCGCCGCCGAAGGAGACCCGUUACUAAGCGUAAGGAGAAACUCGCUUCAGCUGUACCACUCAAGAAAUUCCAGUGUACGUUCUGCACCGAUACCUUUGGGACUAAGUACGAUUGGCAGCGACAUGAGAAGUCAUUGCACCUCUCUCUGGAACGAUGGAUGUGUGCCCCAAAUGGACCUCGGGUCACGGAUCCCCAGAGCAAUCAGAUCUACUGUGCCUUCUGCGGCGAAAAUGAGCCCAGUGAUGAUCACAUCGAAUCCCAUAACCUCUUGGCUUGUAUGGAGAGGCGGCCUGAAGACAGGACGUUUUAUCGCAAGGAUCACCUCAAUCAACACCUAAGGCUUAUGCAUAAUGCCAAGUUCCUCGACCGGAGUAUGAAGUCCUGGAAGGUCAUAGCUCCUGAUAUCCGAUCACGCUGCGGCUUUUGCGGUAUAGCAAUGCCUAGUUGGUCCAUUCGAGUGGACCAUCUUGCGGAGCAUUUCAGAAAAGGCGUUACAAUGGCUUCCUGGAGGGGAGACUGGGGCUUCGAACCCCCGGUGCUCAAGAUGGUUGAGAACUUUAUCCCUCCGUAUUUGAUCGACAUUGAUCGUCGCUCACCGUUCCCGUACAUCGCAACCGCUGCGAAAGCCGAGACCCCCGAGAGCUCAUACGAGUUUAUGAAUCGGGAACUUGAUCAAGUUACAGCCAGGUCACAGGAGCCACUAACACUAGAGGCCCAAAGUCGGGAGCUGAAUCAAAUUGCACGAAGGCAACCUUGCUCCGAAACGGUUUCAGGAACAGCGGGAGCCUUCUUCUUGACCGACGUCAACUGUUAUCGACGCCUCAAUCGCGAGUUAACUCGCUACGUCACCUCCAUCAUGUCACUCAAUAAUCCGAACUGUCAUGUACCAACGGAUGCCGAGAUUCAGCAUCAGGCGCGGUGUAUAAUCUUCGAUGACGAUGACCCAUGGAAUCAGACCGCUGCCGAUAACGCCGAGUGGCUGCUGCGAUUCAAGCGAGAUGUUGGCAUCUUGCCUUCAGGGCCUGGUCUUCCGCUGGACAUCAAUUCUUGGAGCAUUGUCGACGGUGGCACAGGUUUCGCUCCUCCAUUCGCCUUCCCCAACGAGAAAAUGUUGCACGCUACUUCAUCCUCGCCGUCGUCGUCAAGCGCAGCCACACCAGCCCUGACGUCUCACGGCUCUGACAAGGUUGAAAUAUUCGUCGGGAAUGAGGAAUCGCCCUUUGAGACCAAUCAGGCUUUGCUGGACGGGUAUAUACAGACCUUCUCGUCGCGCUACGACCGCCCCGCUACUGUCUUUUGCUCGCGCGAGCUCGAGAGCAACCUCGUCAGCUUCGUCGAGGCGGAGAUAGCCCGUGGCGCCGGCUUCCCUUCGGAUGAGGCGUUAAGAUUGCGUGGCCGUGAGAUUCUGAGCUGCGAUAAGACAGCAGCUGAUGAUCCUGAUCUGCUUGGAAGAUUUAAGGCGUGGAUGAUGAAACUACGCCAUAAGCAGACGGUGGCCAUGCCUUGUGAUAACAAUAUCGACCUGAAUAACGCGGACAUAGAUAGCCUGUUGGCUGAUGCGAACUUUGAUAUGAUAUUUACAUAA